GUACCCGGUUUGGGAGGGGCUGCUGCUGGGAGAGGCGGCGGGAGCAGCCGGCUCCCUCUCGGGUGUUGAGCUGCCAACUGCUCAGCCUUUGGGUGACCUUUGACUGGGACAAGCGGAACUGGACGUAACGUGCUGCUGGGAGGCUGGCGAUCCCGUCCUCCAUGCUCCUGCUCUCCGCUGGGGCUUCCCUGAAGAAGAAACCGCUGCCAGGAUCCGUCCUUUCUGCUUGCCUGGGCCGGGAGUAGCCUGCAUGGGGAGCCCAGCAGGCCGAGGACUGGGCUGGAUGUAAUCCUGGGGCCACCCGGGCUGGGCUCAGAAGGCAGCGACGUGGGGGUUCUCUGGAGCUGGGCGCAGGCCACGUCGGAGGGACAAGCACGCAAGGCCCCGGGCUCUUAUCAUGGGGCAGAUGCCGUGGCCUGAGGAGAGGCCCUCAACGACACCAGGGUGUUAAGGGGGCUGUCUGCGCCGGACAUCCUCUUGGCUCAGCCUGCAGCACGGACCCUUGCCUGCUGCCAGGAUGGACACCAAGAUACCACCUGCCGUCACCCCCACCAGCCCCUCGUCCCCGGGGCUGUCCCCGGUGCCACCGCCAGAUAAAGUGGAUGGCUUCUCCCGGCGCUCCCUGCGUCGCUCCCGCCAGAGGCGAUCUCACAGUUCUUCCCAGUUCCGGUACCAGAGCAACCAGCAGGAGCUCACGCCUCUGCCUUUGUUGAAAGAAGCUCCCGUUUCGGAGCUGCAUGACCUGCUGUGCAAGAAGCUCCAGCAAUGUUCCAUCCUCUUUGACUUCCUGGAUUGUGUUGCUGACCUGAAGGGCAAGGAGAUCAAGCGAGCAGCCCUCAAUGAACUGGUGGAGUGCGUGGCCACAAACCGCGGCAUCCUCAUUGAGCCGCUCUACCCCGAGAUCAUCAAGAUGAUUUCGGUUAAUAUCUUCCGGACACUUCCGCCCAGUGAGAACCCUGAGUUUGACCCUGAAGAAGAUGAACCCAAUCUGGAGCCCUCUUGGCCACAUCUACAGCUUGUUUAUGAGUUUUUCCUCCGGUUCCUUGAGAGCCCGGACUUCCAGCCCUCAGUUGCCAAGCGCUACAUCGACCAGAAAUUCGUAUUGCUGCUGCUAGAGCUCUUUGACAGCGAGGACCCCCGUGAGCGUGAAUACCUCAAGACCAUCCUCCACCGUGUCUAUGGCAAGUUCCUGGGCCUGCGUGCCUACAUCCGCAAGCAGUGCAACAACAUCUUCUUGCGGUUUAUCUAUGAGACGGAGCAUUUCAAUGGUGUGGCAGAACUGCUGGAGAUCCUGGGGAGCAUCAUCAACGGCUUUGCCCUUCCCUUGAAGACAGAACACAAGCAGUUCCUGGUACGAGUCCUCAUCCCACUUCACUCAGUGAAAUCCCUCUCCAUAUUCCACGCCCAGCUGGCUUACUGUGUGGUCCAGUUCCUGGAAAAGGACGCCAUGCUGACAGAGCAUGUGAUCCGUGGGCUGUUGAAAUACUGGCCAAAGACCUGCACGCAGAAGGAGGUGAUGUUCUUGGGAGAGAUAGAAGAGAUCCUAGAUGUCAUCGAACCCUCACAAUUUGUGAAGAUUCAGGAGCCGCUCUUCAAGCAGGUGGCUCGCUGUAUCGCCAGCCCUCACUUCCAGGUUGCAGAGCGGGCUCUGUAUUUCUGGAACAAUGAAUACAUCCUGAGCCUGGUGGAGGAUAACUGCAACACAGUGCUGCCCACCAUCUUUGGCACACUCUAUCGCGUCUCCAAGGAGCACUGGAACCCGACCAUUGUUUCUUUGGUCUACAAUGUCCUCAAGACCUUCAUGGAGAUGAAUGGGAAACUCUUCGAUGAGCUCACAGCCUCCUACAAGGUGGAAAAGCAGCAGGAACUAAAGAAGGAGAAGGAGCGGCAGGAGCUGUGGCGGCAACUGGAUGAGCUCCAGCUGCGGAAGCUGCAAGGACUGGAGGAGGCCAAGAUGAACCGCCUGAACCUGCAGCACAGCUUGGCUGUGCAGAGGGGAGAGGCGAGCUAGGAGGCCCCUCUCCCCUGGAAAUCCCCCCUGCUGUGGCAUGGGAGCGACACACACUGGUGCAGUCCCCAUCCUAUACAGCUGACCCCACUCCACCAGGCCUGUGCCAAACCAGAGCUCAUGCCCUCUGCCCUUCCUGUUGGCGGGCAUGCCCCCUUUCCCCAUUGCCCCACAGGGAUUGCCGAGGCCCCCACUCAACACUAGAGUCUGUGAUGUUUGGGCAAGUGCACAGCUGUAUGGGGGGGGGGAGAAGAAUUGGAGGGUUUCUGUUGCUGUCCUUGAUGUCCCCUAAGAUGGGGGCUGGAGAGGGGAGGUUGCAUGUGGAGAAGAAUGUUACCCGCUGAUGGGGAGCCAUACUGGGCUGUCAUUGCCCACUACACAGGCUUGGAACCAGUGUGUAGGCCAAGUGUAGGGGGAAGCUCCCCUAACACUGAGGUGGGGAAGGGAGCACAGUUCCCUUGGCGAUAGAAAGCAAUAGACCUCCUGAUCCAAAGUUCACUUCCUGAGUGGGGUUCCAGUGGCCAGAGUCUUCAUGCAUUGGGAAGAAACGUUUUUGACACCCUAAUGGUGGGGGGAGACUCUGUGGGCUUUCCUGCCCUAAGUGUUGCCUCUCUCCUUCAUGAGGUGAAGCCUUGCUCCUCUUCCACAAUGGCAUUGACAGGGCGGCGCCCCUGCUCCCUAUGAACAGAAGAUGCGGCCUUGCUUUCACCUCCCCCCCCCCCCCCCCCCGCAGAAGGAGAGAUGAGGAACCAUGUUAAUAUUCUUUGGCAUGACAGUGGAGGGGGGUUCUCACCACAGUAGGAUGAGAGAAAUGUAUGGUUGAGUUUGUGUGUAUGUGCGUCAACCUGGGCCUCUGCAUGCUAUUAUGGGGAGGAGAGGUGGCAGUGGGAGGGGUUUACCCUCCUGUAUUUGGAACUUAGAGGGCAUGGCAGCUGCCUCUCCUCUUUGGCAUUUGGGAAUGAAAGAGAUUCUACCCUCUCCCAAAUCAUUGUUGGUUGCCUCCCCCCCAUACUUUGUUUUUUGGCAUCCUGUGGUCAGAUGUGUGGAUGCGUGCGUGUGUGUUUGACUCUGAAAUUAGCAGCACUUUUGCUUGGACAUUCACUACCCUUAGAGGGAGUGUAGCAUUUAUUCUCUUCACACACACCCUUCCUCCCUGCUUCAUCUGGGCUUGUUUUUUUAGCCAUGAUUAGAAAUUUGGAGGGGGGGGCACAGAGAAAAAAAAAAGGGAGAGAGGGUGCUUGAAUUCCUGCACUUUAGAAGAGCUGGUUGUUGCACAGGGAGGAACUGGGAUGGUUCUGCUGGUCCCGCUGGUAUUUGAGUAAGGGAGGGGUGAAGAAGCACUCUGUACCAUCUUGGGGAGUGGGAAAGGGGGGACAUGGUGGCUCACGAUUCUCUCAGGUGUUAGCAUCUUCUCUGCCCAUCUCAAAGGGAAAGGGGGAACUAAGAGACGCUCUAGGAACACAGUUUGGUGUUGACAUGGACUGCAGCACUGACAACUUAAGGACUGCAGGACCUCAGUUUUUACAUCUUUGGUUUAUGAUAUUAUUUCUUUCCCUUCCUUCCCCCUCCCCCACAAAGUUUUGGUAGGAGGGGCAAGGUGAAUGCUUCCCUCCCCCCUCCUCACUAGGCAUGAUGACUUCAAACGUUCUCUGUAUCAAGGAAUAGUCAUGGGGUGGUUCUUUUGGGAGGGACGGGGUGGGUGGGUUGCGUGUAUUACAGUUUUAUUUUUUAGUCAAAACACUGAAGCCGAUCGGCGACUGUAGAGACCAGGUGCACCUUUCUGUAGUCUUUUUAGCUGAUGCCUCACAGGUGUAGUUUCCACAGGAAGAGGCCUUGAGGCCCAGGGGUGGGGGGUGGGGCUGCAGAAGAGAGCUAUUUUGGUUGGGGGUGGGGGGGAAGUCUAUUUAUUACGCUACCAUGAGCCCCUCCCCCUUGCCCUUGUUUUCCUUUUGCUGGACGAGUCUGUAUUCAAUAAAGAUAAAAAGUUUCAUGUCACAAC